UGGCUGCGGGGACGUCGCUCCCCAGCUCCGGCUGUGGCAGCGGCCACGGCAAUUGUCCUUAGCAAAUGGAGGGAAGACGGCUUCUGCGGGGCCUCGGGACGGCUGGAAGGCGGCGGGAGGCUGUUGUCCUCUCUCCCAUCCCCCCUGCUCGCCGUGGAUGCGCCCGGCUAGGGGCUCCCGCUCGGCCCCGCCCUCAUGGGCGAGCCGCGCUCGGAGCCCAGGCAGUUGGCGCGGGUCGCGGGUGAGGCGGGGCCGCGCGGGUCCCCUCCCCCUCCCCGCCCGGUCCCCUCCCCCUCGGGUCCCCUCCGGAGCGCCGGGCGCCGCCGGCUCUGUGCUCCGCUCCCCGGAGCUGCCGCGGCUGCGGGGUUGGGCUCGCCGAGGACAAGGUCAGCAGAGCGGGCGGCGAUGCCCGAGCGUGACCGGAGGCAGCCGAUUGGAGGCCGCCGCGGCCGGGAACCGUCGCUCCGGACGGGACAGCGGGACGAGGGUCGGCGCCGCUGAGCAGCCGAGGAACGGCGGCGGCGGCGAGGUCGUCUGCAGCUGGAAUCCCCGCCUCAGCGGCAUCCCCGUGCGCGCCCACCCGCCCGCCCGCGAGCGUAGCCCGAGCACCGGGAAGAUGGAGCCGGGGGGCCGGGCCCGCUCGGGUGCCCCGCAGCUGGCCGCCCCGGGGCUGUGCAGGGCUCGGCGGGCGAGCGGCGGGGGCGCCUCCUCCUGGCUGCUGCUGGACGGGCACAGCUGGCUGCUGUGCUAUGGCUUCCUCUACCUGGCGCUCUAUGCUCAGGUGUCCCAGUCCAAGCCCUGCGAGAGGACUGGCUCCUGCUUCUCGGGUCGCUGUGUCAACUCCACCUGCCUGUGCGACCCGGGCUGGGUGGGGGACCAGUGCCAGCACUGCCAGGGCAGGUUCAAAUUAACAGAACCUUCUGGAUAUUUAACAGAUGGUCCCAUUAACUAUAAAUAUAAAACUAAGUGUACAUGGCUAAUUGAAGGCUAUCCAAAUGCAGUGUUAAGGUUAAGAUUCAAUCAUUUUGCUACUGAAUGCAGCUGGGAUCACAUGUAUGUUUAUGAUGGAGAUUCAAUAUAUGCGCCUUUAGUAGCUGUGCUUAGUGGCUUGAUUGUCCCCGAGGUGAGGGGCAACGAGACGGUGCCUGAGGUUGUCACCACGUCUGGCUAUGCGCUGCUGCACUUUUUCAGCGAUGCUGCGUAUAACCUCACUGGCUUCAACAUCUUCUACUCAAUCAAUUCUUGUCCCAACAACUGCUCUGGCCAUGGAAAGUGUACAACCAGUGUGUCUGUUGCGAGUCAAGUGUACUGUGAGUGUGAUAAGUACUGGAAAGGGGAAGCGUGUGAUAUCCCUUACUGUAAAGCCAACUGUGGCAGUCCGGACCACGGCUACUGCGACCUGACGGGAGAGAAACUGUGUGUCUGCAAUGACAGCUGGCAAGGUCCGGAUUGUUCUCUGAAUGUCCCUUCUACUGAGUCUUACUGGAUUUUGCCAAAUGUUAAACCCUUCAGCCCUUCUGUAGGUCGGGCUUCACAUAAAGCAGUUUUACAUGGGAAAUUCAUGUGGGUCAUUGGAGGAUACACCUUUAACUACAGUUCUUUCCAAAUGGUUCUGAAUUACAAUUUGGAGAGCAGUAUAUGGAAUGUCGGAGCUGUGUCAAGGGGACCUCUCCAGAGAUAUGGACACUCUCUUGCUUUAUAUCAGGAAAACAUCUUUAUGUAUGGAGGCAGAAUUGAAACAAGUGACGGCAAUGUCACAGAUGAAUUAUGGGUUUUUCACAUACACAGUCAGUCUUGGAGCACAAAAACGCCCACUGUUCUUGGCCACGGUCAGCAGUACGCUGUGGAGGGACAUUCGGCACACAUCAUGGAGCUGGAUAGUAGGGACGUUGUCAUGAUUGUCAUAUUUGGAUAUUCUGCAAUAUAUGGCUACACAAGCAACAUACAGGAAUAUCAUAUCUCUUCAAACACCUGGCUGGUUCCGGAAACUAAAGGAGCGAUUGUGCAAGGUGGAUACGGUCACACAAGUGUGUAUGAUGAGGUCACCAAGUCCAUUUACGUUCACGGCGGUUAUAAAGCAUUACCAGGCAAUAAGUAUGGACUCGUGGAUGACCUGUAUAGGUACGAAGUCAACACCAAGACUUGGACUAUUUUGAGAGAGAGUGGGUUUGCCAGAUGCCUUCACUCAGCUGUCCUAAUCAAUGGAGCUAUGCUUGUUUUUGGAGGAAACACUCAUAAUGACACUUCCCUGAGUAACGGUGCAAAAUGUUUUUCUGCCGAUUUCCUGGCAUAUGACAUAGCUUGUGAUGAAUGGAAGACGUUACCUAAACCAAAUCUUCAUAGAGACGUCAACAGAUUUGGACACUCUGCCGUCGUCAUCAACGGGUCAAUGUACAUAUUUGGAGGAUUCUCUAGCGUGCUCCUUAGUGACAUCCUUGUGUACAAGCCUCCGAACUGCAGAGCCUUCCGAGAUGAAGAGCGCUGUAGAAAUGCCGGCCCAGGGAUAAAAUGUGUGUGGAACAAGAACCACUGUGAAUCUUGGGAGACUGGGAAUGUGAACAAUAUUCUCAGAGCUAAGUGCCCCCCUAAGACAGCUGCUCCUGAUGACAGAUGUCACCGAUAUGCAGACUGUGCCAGCUGCACCGCCAACACUAACGGGUGCCAGUGGUGUGAUGAUAAGAAAUGCAUUUCAGCAAGCAGUAACUGCAGCAUGUCUGUCAGAAACUACACCAAAUGCCAUGUAAGGAAUGAACAGAUUUGCAACAAACUCACAAGCUGUAAAAGCUGUUCACUGAACUUGAACUGCCAUUGGGAUCAGCGGCAGCAAGAAUGUCAGGCUUGGCCAGCUCACCUUUGUGGGGAAGGCUGGAAUCAUGUUGGGGAUGCCUGUCUUCGAAUCAACUCCAGUAGAGAAAGUUACGACAAUGCGAAGCUUUAUUGCUAUAAUCUCAGUGGAAACCUCGCUUCUCUGACUACUUCUAAGGAGGUAGAGUUUGUGUUGGAUGAAAUACAGAAGUACACACAGCAGAAAGUGUCACCAUGGGUAGGCUUACGCAAGAUCAACAUUUCCUACUGGGGAUGGGAGGACAUGUCUCCCUUUACAAACACAACGCUGCAGUGGCUUCCUGGAGAACCAAAUGAUUCCGGAUUCUGUGCUUAUCUAGAGAGGGCCGCAGUGGCAGGGCUGAAAGCGAACCCUUGUACGUCUAUGGCGGAUGGCCUCGUCUGCGAAAAGCCCGUGGUCAGUCCAAAUCAAAACGCAAGGCCAUGCAAGAAGCCGUGCUCCCUGCGCACCUCUUGCUCCAACUGCACCAGCAACGGCAUGGAGUGCAUGUGGUGCAGCAGCACAGAGCGGUGCGUGGACUCCAACGCCUACAUCAUCUCCUUCCCGUACGGGCAGUGUCUGGAGUGGCAGACGGCCACCUGCUCCCCUCAAAAUUGUUCUGGAUUAAGAACCUGUGGACAGUGCUUGGAGCAGCCUGGCUGUGGCUGGUGCAACGACCCCAGUAACACGGGGAGAGGGUACUGCACUGAAGGGUCUUCCCGGGGACCAGUGAGAGUUGGCGGAGCACACAACAGCGAGGCGGUCCUCGACACCAGUCUGUGCCCCAAAGAGAAGAACUACGAGUGGUCUUUCAUCCAGUGCCCAGCUUGCCAGUGUAACGGACACAGCACCUGCAUCAAUAACAACGUCUGUGAGCAGUGCAAGAAUCUCACCACUGGAAGGCAGUGUCAGGACUGCAUGCCCGGGUAUUAUGGAGACCCCACCAACGGAGGGCAGUGUACAGCUUGCACAUGCAGUGGCCAUGCGAAUAUCUGUCAUCUGCACACAGGGAAAUGUUUCUGUACAACUAAAGGAAUAAAAGGUGACCAGUGCCAACUAUGCGACUCUGAAAAUCGCUAUGUUGGUAAUCCACUCAGAGGAACAUGUUAUUAUAGCCUUCUGAUUGACUACCAGUUCACCUUCAGUCUGUUGCAGGAAGAUGACCGCCACCACACGGCCAUCAACUUCAUCGCCAAUCCAGAGCAGUCAAACAAAAAUUUGGACAUUUCGAUUAAUGCUUCCAACAACUUUAAUCUCAACAUUACAUGGUCGGUUGGCUCAACAGGAGGAACAAUAUCUGGGGAAGAGACUCCUAUAGUUUCUAAGACAAAUAUAAAGGAAUACAGAGAUAGCUUUUCCUAUGAAAAAUUUAACUUCAGAAGCAAUCCUAAUAUCACAUUCUAUGUGUAUGUCAGCAACUUCUCCUGGCCUAUUAAAAUACAGAUUGCGUUUUCCCAGCACAACACCAUCAUGGACCUCGUGCAGUUCUUCGUCACCUUCUUCAGUUGCUUUUUAUCCUUGCUGCUGGUGGCUGCUGUGGUUUGGAAGAUCAAACAGACUUGCUGGGCCUCCCGACGGAGAGAGCAACUGCUCCGAGAGCGACAGCAGAUGGCCAGCCGUCCCUUCGCCUCCGUGGACGUAGCGCUGGAAGUGGGAGCCGAACAGACAGACUUCCUGCACGGGCCCUUAGAGGGCGCACCUAAGCCAAUAGCCAUAGAACCCUGUGCUGGGAACAGAGCCGCUGUCCUGACGGUGUUUCUCUGUCUGCCAAGAGGAUCGUCGGGCGCCCCACCCCCUGGGCAGUCAGGCCUUGCUAUCGCCAGUGCCCUGAUAGACAUCUCACAGCAGAAGCCUUCUGAUAAUAAAGACAAGACCUCUGGAGUCCGCAACCGGAAACACCUCUCCACACGAGAGCCUCCAGUUCAGCAGCCAGAACAACCAUUGGAUAACGGAGAUUCUGGUCCCAGUGGUGAUGCUUCGGUUGCCUGGGCAUCAUGGCGCGGUGCCAGGCCAGCGUGUUCCUCUGAGUCCUCACUAGAAUGUGUCGCUUUCUCCCAGCCUUCUUCUACUCGCUAGAUUUUAUUUACCUUUUACAAGUAUUACAAAAUGGACCUCAAAGGUGAUGCCUUCCGUGUUCCCUGCUACCAACUCCUUCCUGUAGAAUGCAAGCAGACCAGAGUCUGUCCGGCGAGCAUCAGCAAGUUCCCCAUCCCCAGUACAGUCACACCGGGCUGUGAGGUGUCCAGAGCACAGAAACAAAUUCAUUUCUGGCCACGUCCAAAACGUCCCUAAUGACACAAAGCCCUGAGUAACAAUAGAAAGAAGAACACAAAGGCCAGCUCUUGCCUGGAACUGCCAUUUGUGUGCUAAUACAGACUGGAGUUCACUGAUGUUCAGUCUGGAGUGGUCGUGGUUGACUUCAGGGUGACCACAGGAGAGAUGCGAACAAGAUCCCAAAGCUGUUGCACACGCUGUACUUUUGUUUAACAUGGGAGUCGUUGUGUCUAUCCACGUUAAGUACUGUAGACACACUUUUCAUGUUCUUUGGAAUAUUGGGAGGCAAUGAAACUUUACAAUUAAUGCCUAGUUACUUGCAUGCCAUGGUUGUACAGUAGCAGAAUAUGACCCUAUUGCAAUAUCAAAUAUUUAUUUCAAAUUCCAUGUAUACAUAGCUUAAUUUGAUGAGAAUCAAGUGUAAUAUGUAAGAUAAAUGACCACAGAAUAUGUAGCUGCAUCUUAUAAAACAUAGUUAGGUGGAAUCUAACCAUGGUUGUCUUAUUUUGAUAAUUAGCCUUUGGAAUAUAGAAUAUAUUCUUUACGUUGGCAUGAUAAUUUUACUCUAUUUUCCAUGCACCCCAAAUCAAAUGAAUUUGUAGAAUAGUUUUAGUAAUUUUCUCUACAGCCUGUGGGGUUUGGGUGGGAGAGGGAGGGUUGGUCAUUGGUACUUCCCAGAGCAUUUUCUCCCAGAAAACCAGUUGAGCUGAAUUUGUAAAUGUCUCCUAAAAGCAAUCAAAUAAUUUUAUCAACUUCUGUUGGACACUUUACAUGUUCAUUUUUUCCCAUGAAAUAAUAAAUUGGCCAAGCUGGGUCAUUACAAAGAUCUAGUCAUUUGGAAAUGAAGCAGUUGCUCAUUCUAUUUAAUCCGCAGCAGCUGUCACUAGAGAAAGCCGGGACAGGGAAAGUGAAGCGCACCAGACCUGUGCGCCCCUUGCAGCUUCCAGCGGUCAGCUCCAGUGUGGAGGAGCUGUCCAGCCUCACCCACCACCAACCCCACACGGUUCUUAAAACUUGCAAAUUUGAAUUUUAGAGACUUCGGGAAUUUAAUGCAAUGUCACACCCUACCGUUAACUCUGUGGCCAAAUUAUGCAAUGUAUCCUCAGCGUAUAAACCUUUUGCUGGAAAUAAAAUUCUUCACCCCGCGGUGAAGUGAA